UUUUGUGAUAUCGUUUGUUUACAGUAAGACGUCAGUAAUCACUGUGUUAUCAUCUAUAUGUGUUUCUACGUACGCGAUAACGUACACUGAUACCUGAAUAUAAAUGAACAGAUGGCGUACCGUCUAGCCAACGACAUGUGCGCGCCGCAGCAGUUCCCGAUCCCAAUGCUGCACUCGCACGCCGCGGCUGCCGCGGCCGCCGCCGACGCCGCACCGGACGGCGUCAGCGAACUGGAGAUGCGUUACCGCAAGCGGCAGCGCGUGUCCGACGACGGAGCGUUCGCCGGCCUGCAGCACCCGCCGCCGUGGAGGGAGUGCGAUCCGAUGUCGGCGGCCGGCGCGGGCAACUUCGCGAACACGCUGCAGCACGCGUACUCGGGACUGUGGACCAACACGCAGAUCUCGCCGAUCUUCUAUCCGCGGACGCUCGACACGUACUACGACCAGUCGGCGUCCGCCGCGGUCAUGUCGGCGAGCAACUUCCUCAAUGGGCCGUCAUUCGCGCCGAUGAAGAGCGAAGAGUCGCUGUACAACCGCGCGGCGGCCGCCGCGUCCGUCACCGACUGCGCACUCGAGCAGGGUGACGACGGCCGCGGGAAGACGCACGGCGGCCACUCCCGCGCCACCGCCGGAUACCUACCUCCCGGCGUCGUGUCAGCGCCCGCGGCGAACACGGCCGCUGCGCCGACGCCGUUCUCGUGGGCGCCGCCGCCGCCGCCGAUCGACAUCAACAUGCAGUUCCUGCAGAUCGAGCGCGAGCUGUGCGCUCUGCUGCGUCCGCUGACGUUCUCGGAGCCAGUCACGCAUGUGUACAACCCGCUCGAGUACGCGCACCAGCCGCACAGCGACUACGUGAUGAAGUACCUGCAGGGACCGAAGCGCGUCAUGUUCCUCGGCAUGAACCCGGGACCGUACGGCAUGGCGCAGAACGGGGUUCCCUUCGGUGACGGUAAUCACGUUAGAGAUUGGUUGAAAGUACAAGGAGAAGUAUACAAGCCACGGCCCGAACACCCAAACAGACCCAUCGUGGGGCUUGCCUGCACGCGCAGUGAGGUGAGUGGUUCUAGAUUCUGGGGUUUCUUCAAGGAGAAAUGCCAUACUCCAGACGCUUUCUUCCGCCACUGCUUCGUGCACAACUACUGCCCCCUGGCGUUCAUGUCGAAAACGGGCAAGAACAUCACGCCACCGCAGUUCUGCAUAUCGCAGCGAAAGAGCCUGCAGGAGAUCUGCGGUGGCGCCCUCUGCAGGACGAUCGCGCUGCUGCAGGUGGAGACGGUCGUCGCCAUCGGCAAGUACGUCGAGGCGCAGACGCGGGCGGCGCUGCGCGACGCCGGCAUGGAGCACACGGUGCGGCUCGCGCGCAUCAUGCACCCGAGUCCGAUCAAUCCGAACGCGAACAAGGGCUGGGCCGACGUCGUCACCGCCCAGCUCGAGGAACUCGACCUCAUGAAGUACCUGACGCCGCCGCCGCCGCAACACGACGGCGAGUAG